UGGAUAGACAAAUUUACAUUAGGUAUCAUUUGCAAUUUAAAAAAAUUAAAAGAUUAAUAAAUUUUGCAAGGAUGCAUUUUUUCAUUUGGAGGUUUCCAUAAUAUCAUGAAAACAGCAAUUUGAACAACCAUAGGUAUUUAAGGAAUCUCUUGACAGAUUAUGAGAUCAUUUCCGGCUCAAAAUUCGAAAAUUACAGAAAUCGUGGCAAAUGAUAGAGCCAUCUGUUCGGGAAACUAGUGCUUGAAAAGGAAAAAACAUAAAAAUUGUAAUCAAAAAUGCGUUUAGGAUAAUGAUACUACUGUCCAAUACAAUUUCGUUUUCACAAUACCUUUAUUUGAAUUUGCAAAUUCAUUAGUCGGUUCAAAAGUUGUUACAAAUAACCAUGAUUUGGAUCUCCCAUAAAUAAGGAACUAUUCUAGAGAAUAUUGAGAUAAUAAUGAAUCAUGUUGUAAAGUUGUCUCUUCUGUGAACUAUGACAUCUGUCAUAAUCUGAAAAAUUCUCCGUUGAAAUUAACUCCAAACCAAAAUGAACCCAAAUUCUGAGUACAAGUGGAACAUAUAAUGACUGAAUUCAUCGCUGUUCAUUCAGAUAUCUGCUUAGGUAUAGAAAGUAGUACUCACUAUCUCACAAAUCAAGAAACGAAAGAACAACCAAAAGGAAACAAUCGACGAAAUGAGGAGAGUCGAUCUACAUUCAAGUAAGAUGUUUCGCAGCAUCAAUCAAAAAAUUGGCCUAGUUAAAAGUAAAGUCCGCCUAUCUAAAAAAUUCAAGAAAUUCAAACCAUCUUCAGACUUAUUUACUCCAAUUGUGAGUUCGUUCAGUCCAACAACAAAACAAAUUUUUUCGAGAUAUUCGAAACCUAAAAUGAUAGAUCUCGCUAGAUAUUCCCCUAGAAGGAAUGAGAAAAACCGAAAAUUGAGUCAACUACCUACUAGAGAAAUAUCCCGCUGUAUCGCAAUAGAAAGUGCACCGCAUUUGAAACUGAGAAGGCAUCAGGCAAGAACAAUCAAACCAAAACCGGACAAAGCAUCAGAAGAAACCGCAAGACCACAAUCAGCUCCUUCAGGAGUGUCGAAUAACACCAGAUUCGCAGAAUAUGUUAUCAGCAGGAAUCCAAGGUUUAUGAAGGGUGGUCAUUCUGAAACCAAGGCCUUGGAAAGUUCAAAAAAACUCUAUGACAUCGAUUCUAAAUUCCCUGAUGCACCAAAACGUCGAGUGAUACCUAAAACCCAGAAAAAAGGUAAGAAGAAACGAAUCAAUUCAACAAUACUUAUAGAAGGAUUACCAGAUACAUUCUCGGUUAAUUGUGACAGAAGGCUUGUAAAUGACAUCAACCCACAGCUAUUCGGUAGUUUGCCUUCGUCGAGUACUCCCAACACUCCAGCAGAUGGAGAAAAACAAAUAAAGAAUUAUUUCACGAAAAAAUCCACUAAAGCUAAGAAGAAUCGAUUGAUGCUAGAAGAAAAUGAGAGAGCUAAAUAUUUCAUCUCAAAAAUACCAGAAAAAUCUCUAUCGCGUCUGAAGAGGAAAAGUAGAACUCCGACAUCAUCGAACUCUCUCUUGAAACGUAACUCAUCUUAUAUAAAAAAUAGGAAUUUAUAUUGUGAAACUAACGUUAUUCUAGAGGAGAAUCCUGAAGUUGAAACACCGGACUUCAACCGAGACUUGGCAAAACGUAAAACUGAAGAAAUCAAAAAGAAAUUUAUCGGAGUAAGAAUAAGAAAAGAAUCCAAACUGGAUAGGAAAACUAAUGAUCAACGAGAAGAUUUUGAGUCCCAAAAAUCCCCAGUGAAUGAGUCAGAUAAUUCUUCUGUAUCUUCUCGACCAUACGAUGAAAGUAAACCUUAUCACCCGGAGUCUGUUGUAUCUCCAAACGCUCAAGAAGAAAAGAAGCCCAAAAGAUACUCAGAAGAAGAAUAUACUCGUAUAUUCAAGAAAAUCCGAGAUGAUCUCGACCAAAACAUUAAUCUCCAAGAAUAUGUAAUGGGAUGUUGUAGUAAAAACGAUGUGAAAGAAUUCCACAAAUCCCUAAGGAGAAGUUUCUUCACGGUGUUAGAAGACUCGCAGAACAAUUCUUCGGUCUACGAAACAUGCAAAAGUCAUUUAUCUGAGGAUAAUCUUUUUCGUGACAACUCAAAAAGCAGACAACCUCCACCAACCACACCAAACAACGAAGAAAACUGUAAUAAAACAGAAGAAGAUGAAACGUCUAGAGUUAUUGCUGAGAAAAGAUCCUCCCAUCAAGAGAAAGACGAAGACUCAAGCUACGCAGAGAGAACACAAACCUCAACCCUUGCCAAAAUAUCCGAAAAACUGUCGACCGAGGAGAAGACAGAUACCCUUCAAAUAAGCCAACUAUCAUCAGUAGGAGAUGUAAGCAAAGAAAUCAAAGAUGAGGCAGUUGUUGAAUCUUGCCGUGAAAGCUUUAUCGACCAAUUAUGCGGGAUUAAUGAAUCUGAUUUCAUUUUGAAUGGUGGCAAUUGUGUGCCUCUACGUCACAAAUCGAAGAAAACCCCUUCUAUAUCUGAUACAUACAUAGAUCAGUCUACCACUAGAGACGUACAUUCGGCUGGAAGAAAUGUAAAAUGGAAAAACAAUUACGAAACAAGAACGUCAAGAAUUGAACCAGACACUGAUUCGGGCAAGGCAGAACUGUGCAGAAAAGGCAAGCAGUUGAUGCUUUCGGAUUGCAGGUGGAAAAGCGUUCCGAGUCUGUCCCGAAGAAAAAGCUGCCCAAGCAAUUGUAGUUCUGUAAACUCGAAAAAAAGAAAACUGUUAAACAAACGUGCUAACAACGUUUCUUCCGGUUCUAACGUUAGUGAUUCUGUCGACUCAAACAUGGAAUUGCUGAGUGAUGAUUCAACCUACACUCCAAAGAAACGUCUUGUCACUAGGACCUCCAGAAAACAUUACGUAGGUGCAUCUAGAGGAGUUUCUGACACCUCUAGUAUGACAGAGUCUGCCUCGGACCUCCUGGAAGAGAGUAGGCUUGCCUUGGAGAAACUGAUGAAAUGUCUUAAUGGUCCAAGGUGUGUUUCUUCUGCUCGUAGCUCUUUCAACGAUAUCCUGAAAGAUUUGGCCGAGCUGGAAAACGACGAUACCUUCAAAAGGAUGAUCGAUGAGAGGGUCGGACAUAAUUCUUCCUCCCUAGAGGUGAUGCUGAUGAUUUUGAAACUUCUUUCAGUCUAUGAAGAAGGAUAACUGCCCACGAAACACAGAAGAUAUCGAUGGACAGACUGAUGAUACACUUUUUCUUAGGAUUCCAAGCACAGAAAUAAAUUCACUCAAGAUGGAUUGUCUGGAUAAUAAACCUCCAUCUUCUACCGUCGUCUACUUCAAGUCACCGUCGGGAUCUUAUCGUCUAUCUAGAGAAAGCUUACCAGAUAAAUUUGACAACAUUAUUACUUGUGAUGCUGGUGUACAGUAGCCGACCGAUUUGUUUGACGUUUGACGAUUAAAUUAUGUUAUUACUUGAAACUUUCAGUCUGUAGUCUUUGUUUUCGAAAUAAACCCUUUAAGUUCCA